AUGAUCAUACCCGAGUCGUUACAGUUUGCCAUUUCCACUUUGUCAUGGACGCUUAGAGCAGGUUGUCUAGCUCAUAUAAUUCACGAAAAUGUUUACGAGUUUACAGAAACGAGGGGCGAAUCGAUGCUACCCACAGUGCAGAACCAACAUGAUUAUGUACAUGCAUUCAAGAAAUAUAAACUCGGACGAAAUUUGGAAAUGGGAGAUUGCGUCGUAGCAAUGAAACCAAGUGAUCCAUCGCAUCGGAUCUGCAAACGUAUUACGGGUAUGCCAGGGGACAUUGUUUUGAUAGAUCCAUCUUCAUCUUCGUUUUUGACAAACACUCCCAGCGAAAUCGUUCAGCAUGACGGGUUUAACAAAUUUAUAAAAGUACCGGAGGGACACGUGUGGUGUACUGGUGACAACCUCUGUCAUUCUUUAGAUUCAAGGUCUUACGGGGUGCUCCCUAAGGCGCUAAUCACCGGGAAGAUUGUUGCUGCAAACUCCAUGAAUGAUGGAAUCAAUGGGUUCUUCAAUUUCAGGUGGAUAAAGAACACAUUUGUUGAUGAAACCUGA